UAAAUUGACAGUUUGAAAUUGAAAUUAAAUCAAUAGAAACCUGUAACGUUAUGACAAUAUCCUUGCGUCAUGACGUCAUUUUCAUUAUUGACCUAGGUUUUUUUUCAUUAUUUUCAUUAUUAACCUAGGGAGAGAAAUUCAAUUUUUUCCGAGAAAAAUAGAUUGAAUAAUGACUACUUCUCAGGUUAGUAGUAAAAAAAAAAGUUUAUAUGAGAUGCCUCAGUCAGUGUACUGAUGGUGACGUCAUAGCUCAAGGAUUCAGUUCUAGUGUGGUUCUAGGUGGGCCUUGGAUUUGAUGGAGGGCAACCAACAAAACAAAGUUGGCUAUUAUUGAGGUUAUCAUUUUUGCUCCCUUUGGAAUUUUAAUAAAAAACAAGUCUUUGUAAAAAACAAAUUUACAUGUAACGAAUUAAAAUAAAUUAUUCUACAUUAGUUAGAAGGGAGUCAGUGGUCGGUGCUUAACAUAAGACAGUAGUUAAACCAUAGUAGCCAGUCAAUAUAAGUAUUAUUAUACUAAUUAAUAGAAUAAGUUUUCAAUGUCAACCUGCAAUUCCGAAGAGUUGCUCAAAGCAAAAGUGAAUGAAUGGCUGCUAUGGGACAAGAAUCAAGACACUCUAGAUGAAAUCAAGAAGCUCGUUAGUGAAAAUGACACUUCCGAACUUGCUAAAAAGUUACAUCACAGACUGGCUUUUGGUACUGCUGGGCUCAGAGGCAAAAUGGCUGCAGGAUACUCAUGCAUGAACGACUUGGUUAUAAUUCAGACUGGGCAAGGCUUUUUGAACUAUUUGCAACGCUACAAGAACGACCUUCUUACAAAAAAUGGAUUGGUGAUAGGGUAUGAUGGGAGGUACAACAGUAAAAGAUGGGCAGAAAUUACAGCUACCAUUUUCGUCAAUGCUGGAUACAAAGUCAGAUUGUUCGGUGGCAUGGUGCCCACUCCAUUUGUAGCCUUUGCAGUCAGACGAUAUGAAUGUGCCAGCGGUGUAGUGGUGACUGCCUCCCAUAAUCCCAAGGAUGAUAAUGGAUACAAGGUCUACGACUCAAACGGCGUCCAGAUAAUCAAACCAGCAGACAAGCGCAUUCAACAAGCUAUCCUAGAAAAUUUAACACCCUUGGAGUCCUCAUGGAAUACAGACAUUCUUGAAAAUAACCCACUGGUAACUGAUCCUCUUGAUGACGUUAUGCAAGCUUACUUGCAAGAAAUUAUAGUUGACAUUGUACAUCCAGAUGUUAUUGUUAAAAAUAAGACAGUUGAUUUAAAGUUUGUUUAUACUGCAAUGCAUGGAGUUGGAUAUAAAGCAGUCCAGAAGGUAGUCGAUACAAUCGGUGUUCAAAUUCUUCCUGUACCAGCGCAGCGUGAUCCUGAUCCAGAAUUUUCCACUGUUCAGUUUCCAAAUCCAGAAGAAGGUAAAAGUAGCCUAAAUUUAUCAUUCCAAUGCGCAGAGAAACAUGGGUCCACAGUGAUUUUGGCUAAUGAUCCUGAUGCUGACAGAUUCGGGUUUGCUGAAAAAAAUCAAAAGACUGGAGAAUGGAAAAUAUUUAGCGGUAACGAAAUAGGAACUCUAAUGGGCUGGUGGCUUUUGCAAUGUCACAAAAGGACACAUCCAGAAAUACCACUGAACAAAGUUUACAUGAUUUCAAGCACAGUUAGCUCCAUGAUUUUACAAACUAUGGCUAAAGCUGAGGGAUUUAAUUUUGUUGAUACCUUGACUGGCUUUAAAUGGAUAGGACACAAGGCAUUAGAACUAGAAAAAGAUGGCUACACCGUCAUAUUUUGCUUUGAAGAAGCCAUAGGGUUUAUGUGCAACAGCAAGAUUGUGGAUAAAGAUGGAAUUUCAGCAUUGGCUCAAUUCACUUGUCUAGCUAACUUUGUAUAUGGCAAUAACCAGCAACUGAGCGAUAAAUUGGACGAAAUUUACAACACUUAUGGCUUACAUUUGACAUGGAACUCCUAUUACUUUUGUUACCAACCUGCAACGAUAAAUGAAAUAUUCGAAAGAAUAAGGAAUUAUCGUGGAGCGAAAACGUAUCCAACCGGAAUCCUGAACGACAAAUACAAAAUUGUGUCCAUCAGAGACCUGACAACUGGCUAUGAUAACUCUCAACCCGAUAACAAGGCAAUUCUGCCGGUGUCCAGUAGCUCUCAAAUGAUCACUUUCGUCUUUGAUAACGGUUUGCAUAUAACUUUGAGGACUAGCGGAACAGAACCGAAAAUUAAGUAUUACAGCGAAUUAUGCAUGACCCCAGAAGUCAAGAAUAGAUCCGUUGCAGAAGCCACCCUCAAAGAGAUGGUGACUGCCAUAUGUGAGGAAUUCUUCGAGCCAGAGAAACAUGGACUAAUUCCUCAAAGUGGUUAAUAAUUUUAAUAAUGUGUUAAUAAAAAUUACUGUGAGAUAUAUCACAUUCCAUUAGUAUUCGUUAUGUAUAUAGUUUUUUAAUUUUGUUUUUAUUACUAGGGAAUUUUUGUCAUUGAUACAUGUAUUCAAAAAAUUGUUUUAAAAGCUCUACGAAGUUGAUUAAAUAAAUUAAAUGUGAGUUUUAA